AUGUCGCAAAACGAUCCAGCCAUCAUUGAUUCGUCAAUCAUAUCGAUGUCAGAAUCUUCAAAGUCCAGUGCAAAGACUGGCACGUCGUCGACGCUGACGCUGUACUCGACAGCUCAAGAAAACUCGCUGAGCUCAAGAGGUGCUAGCGCUUCCAACGGUGCAACUUCCACUUCAGGCUCGCUAGAACCUGGCAGUGCCUUGUCGAAGUUGCUUGAUAGUGCAAUGGCCAAUGCUGCAAAGGAGCUGACGCCUGAGCCUGAGACUGCCAAAUCGUCUACUCUGCUUGCAUCUCCUCGCCGCUCGUCGAUGCUGGACUUUAAACCGCUUCCAUCGUCUAAAGCAUACAUGUACUCGAUUGAAGAGUUGCUUACGUUACGAUCAGAACCGGAAAUCGCUAACUUUGAUACGUCUGUGCUUCCAGAUAAUGCUUUCUGGGUUAUUAGACCAACGAGACCUCCAAAGACCACGAACGAGAAGAACGGUGCCGGUAGAAGAAGAGACCGCAGAAACCAGAACCAGAACCAGCAAGGCGACUCUUCAGGCAGAUGGGAACGUAAACCUACUGGGUUUGCUAAGAGUUCAGAACUCGAUAGAAUGUCUGCCGAAAAGAUCUCGCAAUUGUUGGGUGAAAACCCUGAAGAAGGUGCUCCCGAAUGGGACAAUCCUGGUGGAUCCGACUUGCAGAUGGAUAUGGGAUCCACCGUUGAAGAUUUCGAACGUUGGAAGCAACGUAUGCGUGACAACGAACGCAAACAGUAUGGUGAGGUUGAAACGCCUUCUGAACCAGAAGCACCAAAGGGCAAUGAAGUUGACAAUUUCUUUUCCUUCGUCAAUCCUAAGUCAAGCGGUCCAGCUCCAGAAGCCGCCACUGCCGCUAGUUCCGAAGGUAAAAGCUCCCGUUUCUCUUCCUUCUUUGGGGGCCCUGGUCCUGAAGAGUCUCCAAAACGCUCUGGCCCACCACCAGGUCUCACAUCAAGAGCACCAGCAGGAAGACCAGCUGAAGCCUCGGGCCUGCGUUUCUUUGGAUUGGCUCAUGGUUCUCCUGCUCAACAGAAUUUGACCCCCAAGAAAGAACCAGCAAGUCUUCAAAGCCAUCAGCAACCGCCAUUACCUCCUCAAGGGCUAUCCCCAAUGGCUGGCCAGGGGAUCCCGCUCUCCGGAGGUCCUCCAGGCCUUGGGCCAAUGAACUUGGGUGGUGACAGCAAGAACCAAGAUUCCUUCUUCCUCUCCUUAUUGAACAAGAGGGAGCAAGACCAAAGCGCUGGCUCUCCAGGAAUCCCUAAGGAAGAUAAACCACGCCAAGCUUCUCAACCACAGCAACGUGGAUCCAAGCCAGAGGGUAAGCCUAGUCCUGUCAUUCCUGGCCAGGGAGCCCCAACAGGCCCAGGCGGUCCAGGCGGUCCAGGUGGUCCACAAGGUAUUCCUCCUUGGAUGACUAACCCAGGUAUGGGCCCACCACCAGGCUUCCCAGGUGGACCUCAACACCCUCAGCACAUGUACCAAUUCCAAGGACCUCCACCACCAGGCAUGUUUCCUCCUGGAAUGGCUCCUCCACAAGGCAUGCCUCCACAGGGCUAUCCCGGCAUGCAAGGAAGACCUGGCCAGUCACAGGACGGACAACCAAACCAACAAGGUAUUCCACGUGGCCAGAUGCCUCCACCAGGCUUCUUUGGGUUCCCUCCAGGCAUGGGACCAGGUAUGCCUCCACCACCACCUCAUCAGCAACAGCAGCAGCAGCAGCAGCAACAACAACCACAACAACCACAGCAGCCACAACCUAAACAGUAG